GACUCGAAGCCCCUUUGUUUCCGGAGCCUCGCUUUGUUUCUCCGCUUUGCCUCCCCUAUCGGACGUCGCAAAACCAUCGCGGCCGCCUUCGAUGGGCUCGUCCUCCUCCCCCAAAGCCCCCGAGAGCCUUAACCGAGAGAACCACGAUGAUGGCUCCGCCGCCUCUUUCUUCGACAUCUAUGGACCUGACUUGUUUGAAGAAAGCUGUGACCCUUUUGAAUCUCCCUCUGGUCAUCGUUGUAAGUGGUGUGUGAUCAGUCAAAGAUUGGCUGAAGCGAAGCCGGAGUACCCCUGGGAUGCGUUUACUGAGGGAAAGGCUGAUGUUAUAUAUAAAACCCCUGCAGCUGAUUCAACUCUAAAUCUUCAGGAUAUUCAAGGGCUUGUAACCUGGGUCAUUGGUGAUGGUCUCAUGCCAUCCUGGGUUUUUGUCAAGAACAAGCCACUUAUACAGAAAGUCAUACUACUCUAUAUUCCAGGCCUGGAUGCAGCUUUGUACAUGGAAAACUCUGGCCUACUUACUGGUCUAAGGGACAGUUGUGGUGCUCCCAAGCCAGCAUUGGCUUUAAGUUGUGUUUCAGAUGAAUUGCAAACAAUUGAUGCGCUUCUAACAUGCAAAGUGAAAAGAAAGCGUGAUGAGGUUGAUUUAAAACCCAAGACAUCUGGUCAAACUUUCGAACAAGGAGAAUUAUUUGCUCUGGAAAAUUUAAGGGAACUACCUUUUCCUAUCCACUAUUAUACCCUUUCCAGAAAGGAACUUGAGGAUAAUGGAUAUAUCUUGAAUCAGCCAGGUGUGAUCGCCACUCUUCCUUCUCCUUCAGGGUCCCCAUUGCAUGAAAUUCUUGCACUUGACUGUGAGAUGUGCGUGACUGCAGAAGGGUUUGAACUCACAAGAGUUACACUGGUAAAUGUUGCAGGAGAGGUGGUGCUCGACAAACUAGUCAAACCUUCCAACAGCAUUCUCGACUACAAUACUAGGUACAGUGGAAUUACUCGUGAGAUGCUAAAUGAUGUGACAACCACAAUCAAGGACGUUCAGGAAGAGUUCCUUAAGCUUGUGCACAAAGAAACAAUUCUUGUUGGCCAUUCUCUUGAGAAUGACCUUCUAGCAUUAAAGAUAUCUCAUGAUUUGGUAAUCGAUACGGCUAUUUUGUACAAGCAUUCUCGUGGUGCUUGCUACAAGAUAGCUCUGCGAGUUCUAUCUAGUAGAUUUCUUUCGCGACAGAUUCAGGCAUCAGGAAAUGGACAUGACAGUAUCGAAGAUGCAAGAGCUGCUAUGGAAUUAGCACUUUUGAAGAUUAGACAUGGACCUGAUUUUGGCUUACCACCAAAAUUCACUCGAAGCAAGCUGGUUUCUGCUUUGCAUCAGAGUGGGAAAAGUUGUUCUCUCGUUGAUGAUGUAUCGAUUCUGAAAAGAUAUUCUGAUGAAUCAUGCAAUUCAAUUCCAGUAUUUUCAGAUUCUGAGGCGCUUUCCAGAGCUAUAAAAGAGGUAAAAAAUGAAAAAGUAAGCUUUAUUUGGACCCGUUUUUCUGGAUUGUUCUCUUAUUUCAAGAAGCAAGCUCAAGAUGUAGAGAGGUUGAGACAUCGAAUUGCGGAGGUGAUAUCGUCCCUGACAUGUAAGAGAAAAAAAGCCAGGACAACCAUAAAGCAUGGUGCAGUAUGCUCAGAAUUGAAGGAUAUCCUAACUGGGAUAGAUGUUAAAAUUCAAAAGCUGUACAAUGCAUUACCUAAUAAUGCUUUAUUAAUAGUUUCUACCGGUCAUGGAGAUACAGCUAUUGUUCAGAGAUUAAGGAAAAUGCUCACCGAUGGUUGUGACGAAAAUAUUAAUCGUGAAGAAGUUGUGCGAGCCUUGGAAGAACUCCAAGCCCGAGCGGAAGUGGCACUUUGCUUUGUCUGUGUCAAACAUUGAUAUCUUUAUUAUGGGAUUCGUCAAGAGGCGUAGUGGAUGAGAAUACAGCAAAGCACGAGAAGUACAAACAGUUUUGAGUGUGGGCACAAUAUUUUCCCACGAAAUGAUUUGAAAGCACGCCGGUAUAAUGUGCCAGACUCUCUAUUGUAUGACAUUUUUUUUGCCGUCGCCUUCUCGUUCUUCUUCCAUGUCAUGAAUGAGAAAUGUGCAUAUUUAAUGUGAAGUAGAUUGUUUGGUGAA